AUGGACGACAUCGAUCUAUACUCCACGCCGGAGGCGGAGGAUCGAGCGAAGCGACUCCAGAGAAAUACCUCCGCCGUAGCACCUCCCGAGAGCCCUGGCAAGCUCGCCUCCGACGACGACUGGGAGGAUGUCGCCGAUAAUUACUCUGUCGUAUCCCUUCCCACCUCCGAUGACGAGAGCGAAGAGAAGCCGAUCCUAUCCCCUCCAGCUUUCCGCCCAUCCAAAGGCAAAUCGCCAAGCAUCAGAAAAGCUCCCAAGAAUGACGACGAGCGCCCCAUCAAUCAACAGCCAACCCCAGACCCAAGUACCCAGAUAUCAAGUCCGUCUUGUCAGGCGGCUUCCUGGAAGCAACAGGCAUGCAACAAAUCGACAGCUGCCAACCCCCACAUCAAGUGCCCAUCGUCGUCUUCGUCAUCUUCGUCAACCGAACGGUCGAAUGUGGUUCCUACCCCGGUAGGCCCCAACAAUGCUGUAAAGACAGAGAUGGGCACAGAAGCAUCAAACGUCUUCUCCAACAAUGAAGGGAUUGCGGAUGCGGUGACAGUCGCCAAGCCGCCUCGACAAUCCUCUCGCCUCAGCCAGCGUCCUGGUGCUGACCGAAAUGAAAGUCUUCUUGAUCUCCUGGGCACACCAGUUAGUCGAGGACCAAGUACCGCGGACAUCAAUCCCGCCUGGGGGAGGUCCUCGGGACGCACAGCAACAGACGAACUGGACUUUGCAAACCUUUCGCUUGCGGCUCGCGAAACAGAGUCCCAGAAAGACUUUGUCUCCAACUACGAGAAGGCAGACACCGUAAUUAAAAAAGGUGGAACUAUCGGCGAGUCCUUCGAUUUUGACGAUGCCUCGACAAAUCCCGUGUUCAUCAACGAUGGCCUCCGAGUCCUAGACCGGAUGCUGAAGGACACCUCCGCCAUCGCUGCCAAGCCCAGCGGAACUCAAAUACACGCAGAUAUCGACUCUCAUUGCAGGGCGCUGGCAGCGCAGGUCAGAGACCUACUUCCCAUCCUUGCCAAAUAUGCCGACCAUUGGGAGAGGCCCAACUCUACCGCCAGCGAUCUUCCCCUCGAUCCGAGCCUUAUGAUGUGGAUCGCCUCGCUAAGCCGCACCUUGACGGACCUUCAGGACAAAUUCAAGAUCCUUGACGCUCCUGCCGACUCCGUUGAGUACGAGCGUAUCCUUUCUUACCUGAACCUGAUCAAGUCGCUUUCCGACUACCACAGACAGAUGGACGAAUUCCUCCCCAUCAUGCAAGUCGACUUCGACGACUUUCAGACGAAGCACAUGUCGUUUCCGUCCCCCACAGUCACGGCGCCAAGCAUGGGCCCCCGACGCAACUUCCAAGCCCCCUACCGGGAAAACGACCAGAUUCCCCGCAUCCGAUGUGCCUUAUACCUCCUUAAGGACGAGCUACAACGCGCGGUGACGAUCCUCAAGAACAGUCAGAAGUGGCUCAGCGAGCCGGCAACUGUCAUUGUGAAUGAUGUUAUCACUGACAUGGGAGAUAUUUUCGAAGCAGUCUCUCAAGCACUCACCAACAACGGCUCAGAGUGGAUCGAGAAGGAUCUGAUGCGUGGCACCCACGCCAGACCGUUGACCUACGCCGAGUUCCGGGACUUGGAUCCCGUCACCAUUGACGAUCUCACAGGUCGCGUCCGGCAGAUCUGUGACGUAGUCCACAUCGAACCUUCCGAAAGUCGCAUGUGGUCGGCGGACAUGAUCCGAGAGCAUCAUGUUUGCAUGCUCAUUGAACAGCAGCAGAUCGAUUCUCUGGAGAGCAUUGCCUCAGUCCUUAAGGAGAUGAUGUAUCCAACAACGAAGACAGCCGAGUUCGAGGAUUUCCUUAAAGAGAUGUAA